GCGACGUCACUUUUGUUACUCGCGCGCACACGCCCCUCUUGGCCCCGCCCCCUCGACUUAAAAUGCGGCUGUCCGCGGCUCAGAGCGUCAGUUGGACGCGGCGGGAGCGUUUUGAAGCCGUCGCUGGAAUCAUGAAGUCUCCCAAACUGGAACCUCAAACCAGGUUCGUGAACGAGGACCUGAAGGACGCGCUGUGCGAGUUCGACGCGGUGAUGGAAGACUUCACGUCGCCGGUGGAGAAGCGACGCUUCAGGUACGACGAGCACCUGAGGACCAUGAAGCGCAGGAGCAGCGCGAGCGUCAGCGACAGCGGCAUCAGCGACUCGGAGACUGCAGAGUCGCUCAACAGAAACAGCUUCAGCUUCAGCGAGGAGCGGCUCAACUCGCCCACCAUCUUCUCGCCGCCCCCCAUGUCACCAAAACCCAAACUGGGAGACACCAAGGAGCUGGAGGACUUCAUCGCUGACCUGGACAAGACCUUGGAGAGCAUGUGAUCGAGGCUCGCAGUCGUCUUGGAGCGGAACGUCUGGUCUGGACCCCAGCAGCCACCACCCACACAUCCAGUCCGGACGCCAGCCUGGUGGCGCCGCCCUGACCCGAGAACAAUCGGCCCAGACGGCUGCAUGCGACCCUGCUCCGCUCCAUCAUCCAGAACUAUUUAAUAAGGCUUCUAUAAUGGAGUAUAUUAUAAUUUUAUCAACCUUCCUAAUGUAAAUGUUGGUUCUCUUUGGUGAAAUAUAUUUUUAUAUCUUCUGUAAAUAAUUGUUUCAAAUUCUAUUUUCCGUUUAGGAUCAUUUGACUGGAAUAAAGUGUGUUUGGUGCUUCCACUAGAACUAUUGUAUAAUAAUAUUAAGCUAAACUGUGGCAGAGAUUGUUAUUAAAGUAUGAAAGGUUGUUCUUUUA